UCUCCACUGGAUAGCAGUUCGAUUCUUCACUCCGCCGCCGCCAAGGAAACAGCUGACUCUUCCCUUCCGCUGUCCUUUACUCUCCUAUUGCUCUCGUCCUCCUCCUCCCGCUCUCCGUUUUCUCUCUCUACCAGUGGAGUCGCCAUGAGCAUAGCCUCUCUCACCCUCGACUCCAAACCCGUAGCGUCCCCUCUCCGGAGGGGACUCCGGUUCCACCAGCCCCUCCCCUCCUUCGCUCGCCGCCCGGGCUUCGUCGUCUGCUCCGUCAAGCCCCCGGCCUCCUUGGCUUCGCUGAGCGUGGCCUCAGAGCCGGCGGCGGGAGAGGGACUGAGCCGAAUCGACUCGCUCAGCCAGGUUUCGGCCGUGCUGGGCUGCCAGUGGGGCGACGAAGGCAAGGGCAAACUCGUCGACAUCCUGGCCCAGCAUUUCGACGUCGUCGCUCGUUGUCAGGGAGGAGCCAAUGCUGGGCAUACCAUCUACAACGCAGAGGGGAAGAAGUUUGCUCUUCACCUUGUUCCUUCGGGAAUCCUUAACGAAGACACUCUCUGUGUCAUCGGAAAUGGAGUCGUGGUGCAUCUUCCGGGGCUUUUUAAGGAGAUUGACGGACUGGAGGCCAGCGGCGUCCCUUGCAAAGGAAGGAUCCUGGUAUCUGAUCGUGCCCAUCUGUUGUUUGACUUCCACCAGGCUGUGGACGGUCUGCGGGAAGCGGAGCUGGCUAAAUCUUUCAUCGGGACAACCAAGAGGGGAAUCGGGCCAUGUUAUUCUAGCAAGGUCAAUCGGAAUGGUAUCAGAGUGAGCGACCUCAGUCACAUGGAUACUUUCCCGCAGAAGCUUGAUCUAUUGUUAUCGGAUGCUGCGGCAAGGUUCCAAGGUUUCAAUUAUGGGCCUGAGAUGCUCAAGGAAGAAGUUGAGAGAUACAAGAGAUUCGCUGAGAGGUUGGAGCCGUUCAUUGCAGAUACUGUGCAUGUGAUGAAUGAGUCCAUUGCGCAGAAGAAGAAAAUAUUGGUCGAAGGUGGUCAAGCAACGAUGUUGGAUAUUGAUUUUGGAACAUAUCCCUUCGUAACUUCCUCUAGCCCAUCGGCUGGUGGAAUCUGCACUGGCCUUGGCAUUGCCCCAAGAGUUCUCGGUGAUCUGAUUGGAGUUGUUAAAGCAUACACCACGAGAGUUGGUUCUGGCCCUUUCCCGACAGAAAUACUGGGGAAGGGUGGUGAUCUGCUAAGAUUUGCAGGCCAGGAGUUUGGGACAACUACCGGUCGUCCUCGACGUUGUGGGUGGCUCGAUAUAGUUGCUCUCAGAUACUGUUGCCUAAUUAAUGGCUUUUCUUCUUUGAACCUCACCAAGCUCGAUGUUUUGUCGGAUCUUCCCGAGAUCCAACUGGGGGUUGCAUACAAACACACUGAUGGUACACCCAUCAACUCGUUCCCUGCUGAUCUUCGACUACUUGAGCAAUUAAAGGUGGAAUAUGAGGUAUUACCAGGUUGGCAGGUUGAUAUUUCUUCCAUCAGGACCUACUCUGAUCUUCCCAAGGCUGCUCGCCAGUACGUGGAGAGGAUCGAAGAGCUCGUCGGAGUACCGAUUCAUUAUAUCGGUGUGGGCCCAGGAAGGGACGCCCUCAUUUACAAAUGAAGUAUCUCAGUGUUACUCUUCGUCCUGGCUUGAACUCAUUAUUGGCCAGAUUAUUCACCCUAGAAUUACUUGUCGGUAGAAAUAGAAUGGAAUGAAACUUGCGAACGGGUGAUACAUAAUAGAUGUGAGAAUCUUGUGACUUUAAUUUUUCGAAGGAGCAUAUGAGGACCGCUCUUCUGUGCAGUUACUGAUCUCGGUGAGUCGGUCUGUUCAGUUCGUGAUGCUUUAAUGUUCUGGGAAAGCAAAUUUUUCGAUCC